CCCUUUUUCGACUACACAGAAACAUUCGCAAAAACAAAAUCCCAGUAUCAAAAUUCUUCUCUUUUUUUCAUAUUUCGCAAAGACAUGGAUUUCAGAGUGAUGGGUUUGGAGUCUCCACUGUUCCACACGCUGCAACACAUGAUGGACAUGUCAGAGGACGGUGCAGGAGACAACAAGACACACAAUGCUCCAACAUGGUCAUACGUUCGAGACGCGAAAGCAAUGGCUGCAACACCUGCGGAUGUGAAGGAGUAUCCGAAUUCUUACGUGUUCGAGAUCGACAUGCCGGGUUUGAAAUCUGGGGACAUAAAGGUUCAAGUUGAAGACGACAACCUGCUUCUGAUAUGUGGGGAACGAAAGAGGGACGAAGAGAAAGAAGGGGCGAAGUAUUUGAGAAUGGAGAGAAGGGUUGGGAAGUUAAUGCGCAAGUUUGUGCUGCCUGAGAAUGCCAACACUGAUGCAAUCUCUGCUGUGUGCCAAGAUGGUGUGCUUAGUGUAACCGUGCAGAAAUUGCCUCCACCUGAGCCUAAGAAACCUAGGACUAUUCAGGUUAAGGUUGCUUGAACAACUUGUGGAACGAAGUUUAAUAAAUGAUUGUUUUCCCUUUCUGGCAGAAGCAGGGCAAGAAGUAAUGUUGUUUGAAGGAUAAGAUGGAUCUUAUCUUUUAGUUGUUUCAAGGUUUUUCUGUUCUUAUUGCAAUGGUUCUAUGGUGUUUUCAGUUUGUGAUGUUGUAAUCAGAUGAUGCUAUUGCUAUAUCAGUUGUUCAGCAUUUCUUGAUCUUAGUUAA